GUCCUUCGAGAUCUUUGAUUAUAAAUUUAAUGUUACCCUCAAUGGCGUUGUAGUCAACCUGGUAUAGCCCUUGACUACAACAACCAAGUGAGGACUGCGACAACCUUUUCUCUGAAAGCAUCCUCUCUAGUCGGAUUCAGUGAAAAAUGGCUUUGAAACCAAAAGUUUACCAAUUUGAAGAAGUGGUGACGCACAACGAGACCAAAGAUUGUUGGCUUAUUAUAUCUGGGAAGGUUUAUGAUGUAUCUGCAUUCAUGGAAGAUCAUCCUGGAGGUUCUGAAGUCCUAUUGGGUGCAACAGGGAAGGAUGCAACAAAUGAUUAUGAAGAUGUGGGUCACAGUGAGUCUGCUAAAGAAUUGAUGGCAAAAUACGCCAUUGGUGACAUCGAUGCAUCCACUGUUCCGAAAAAACGUACUUACAUUCCACCCAAGCAAGCUCCUUACAACCCUGAUAAGACUUCCGAUUUUGUGGUUAACAUUUUGCAGUUUCUUGUUCCGCUCCUGAUAUUGGGUUUAGCCUUCGCCGUCCGACAGUUCUCCAAGAAAGAGUAGUUAGUCCAUUGCACCUUACAGUAUGCCCUUUUGAAGGGCGAGUCAUUUGUCCACUCUUGAAUAAUAAAAAAGGAGCUUUUCUUCUCGUGAUUAAUAAUUUCUUUGAGACGUUCGUCAGUUCAGAAUCCAGCUGUAAUUGUAGUAGUUUUAGUGUCUUUCCGUCCUAUUUAUGCCACUGAUUUCAGAACCAUUGUAGUUUUUACUUGGAUUAUAAGCAAGAUGGCUGUUUCAUACCUUCAAUUUUGUAGCUUUUGCGUGGCAUGGUUUUUUGCGUCUUUGUAUGGCAUAUAAAACAAGAGGGAGAAGCUCUCUGCUUUAUCUCUGUAUUCAUCCUCCAUCUCCAUGCCCAACUACUACUCAUUGCCAGAAGAGUGAAGCUCGAUCUAUCGCCGACCGUCUACCUACUAGCACAUGCCUCCCACAAGCUUCCACCGUAUGACCAAGUUUUCUCUCCUUGGCUGCGCUAAUGCUUCAAUAGGUUCUAGGUGAGUGGGAGUGGACAAUGGAAACUUUGAAAUUUCCACCAGCCAAAUCUCCAGUCCAUGCACCACAAUGCAUAAAAAAUGGACUAUCAUGCUCUGCAUCAUCUAAAUUAUUAUUAACUUUUUCUUUCUUCUGCCUUCGGAGAUCGCAAGUUUCGGCUACAAAUCUUGGCCAAGAGGGAGAUGGUUACUUGUUGCCUUGCAGCCCUUUGGGCUUUCUGGUUCAAACACCAGGGAGAAUUCCAGAAUGGGUUUGUUCAAUCUACUUUCAAUACUCAUUCAAUUGCUAAUCCACAUAUGGCUCGAGUCAAGUUGUUCCUGCAGAAAACGCUCACCUGUCGGUAUGUCCAGCGUUGGGUUUGAAUUUUAUGACCAACUAUGAAAGCACACAACUAGAGAGAUGGCCCCAAGAUUGAUUCAAUAUUGCACACUAUAAAAGUCAGUUAAGAUGAUGAUGACGAUGACGACAACAACGAUGAUGGGUAAUAAUGAUGAGCCUGCCUGCUGUGAUUUCCUUUUUUUGGACUGUUGUAGUAGUGUUGUUACAGAGAAAAAGUGGUGCGUGCAAUGUCAAAUAUCAAAAUGAUUCAUCUAUAUUUAACCUAAUGCAAAGGACACUGAGAGCGGACAGUAUCAGAACAAGCAAUAUAACUUCACAACACCGGCCACAUACAGCAGCACCUCAG